AUGAGGAAUGAAUCGCGAUUAAAACGUCCCCGAGAGCCUGCUCCCAGUGAGUGUUGCGGUAGUGGGUGUGCAAGAUGUGUUUGGGACGUAUACUUUGACGAUCUCGAAAAAUAUGAACAUAGGUUGCGAGAAUUAAAGGCACAGGGAAUAUAUAUGGAAGAAAGUGACGAAGAAGAUGAAUCUGGAUCAUCCACAGACGAUGACGAUGAUGCACCACCUAAUUAUAUUGGAUCUGUGGUAGUAAAAUAUGUGGAAGGUCCCAGUAGUCAAUAUCCAACUAUAACUCCAUUAAAAGCGGUCUCGAGAAUACUUGAUAGUUUUGCAUCUAUUCGUGAUGUUUGUUUAUUAUUGAGUAGUAAUUCUUUUACAACUGAUGACAAAAUUACGAAUGAUGAACAUUCAGUGCAAGUAAUUGAUGUCUUUUUGGAUAAGAUUAACAAAACUGAAAAAGGAACCCAAUCAGAAAUACCCUCACCGGGUGAUGUUGUGGAGAUUUUCAUUCCCAAUGAUAGUGAUGAAAAUAAUUCCGGACAUUUUGGAGAGGUAGAAGAGGUAUGCGGUCGAUUAGGUAUAAAUCCUGAUCAAUGGUGUGAAAUUCACAAAUCUCCAUUUGUACCAGAAAAUCACUUUCCUCCAUGGCUUCCGCUACAGUGCCGAAUUCAGAUUCGAACGCUUUUGGCAUACUUUGUGGAUAUUAGUAGCUGUAGCUACCUCCUCCGUCCAGUAUUUUUUCAGACAUUGUUGCGCGCUGCAUCUGUGAAUAAAACUAAUCAGAUUUCUUCUACAACUGGAAAUGAAAAUAUUGGUUCAAUGAAGCUAUUAGAGACAUGUGCUUCAGAUGAAACAGCACCGUUUAUUUACAAAACCAUUAUGAAUGGUGGUAAUGCUUUUUGCUAUCCAAGGCUGAAUGACAUGCUUAGUGUGUUUCCCUUUGCAAAAAUUCCAAUAGCGAGACUAUUGGAAGUAAGUGGACCGUUACGUCCAAGAAAGUUUAGCGUAGUUCACCAUACAUUAUGCAAAAAUAAUUCAGAGGAACAAUUGAAUUCUGUACAGCUAUGUCUUCGAAGAGUUGAUGUCAACAGGAUAAAUCCCAACGAUUCUUGGAGUGAAAAGGAUACUGCCGCACAUGUUCUUGCAAAAUUGUUACGAGAUGCUGCCUCCUCUAGGUAUACUACCCAUUCAGAAGAAACUCAUUUUUUUAGAGGACAUGUGUCAUAUCCUCUUUGUAAUUUUCGUUCACAACCACGAUCAGUUCCCAUGUAUGUGGGGACAAGAUUAUUUGGUACAGGUAAAUUUACAGAAGGAUUGAAAGGAGCUUUGCUCCCAUUUACCUCACAGAGAACGUUGUUGAAGAAGCCAUAUCCAUUACUAAUACUUGUUGGUGCUGGUACAGGUAUAGGACCAAUGAUGAGUGCUGUUCACGAGCUUUUACGUUACCGUUAUAAUAAUGCGUGUUCAGAACUAACGAAACCGAAUUGUUGGGUGGUCUACGGAGCAAGAAAUUCUUCAGAGCUUCUUUUUCACCGAGAACUACAGGAAGCGCUAAAAUUAAAUGCUAUUUCACGCUAUGAUGUGGCAUUAUCACGUCAAAAUGAAGGGGGAUAUCACAAGUAUGUUACUGAUGUCUUAGAGUCUCAUUCUGAAGAACUUCGUUCUGAGCUUCUAGAAAAAGGAGCACGACUAUUUGCUUGCGGACCAGUAGCUGUUCUGAAAUCUUUGCGUCAACGAUUAAUGCACCAUAUAUUAGUAUCUAAAGGUGACGAUGACGAUGAGAGUGUGCGUGAACAGCGUGUGCUUCUACUGGAGAGAAAAGGCCAACUUGUGUUUGAUAUUUGGGGUACAGUAAAUAUAUUUGAGUAA